AUGCGGCCACCGGGCUCGGACACGCUGCGGCAGCAGUACGAGGCCCAGCAGCGCGCCGCCGGGGACGACGCCGCCGUCGAGCAGGAGACGAGCAAGGAGCUGCAGCGGCUCGCGCUCGCCAUGGAGUUCGAGGAGUCCACGCGCGCCAAGGUCAUGCACGGCCAGGCGGCCGCCCUGGCGCACGCCUCCGAGCGCUCCGUGCACCUGGACCUGCUGCGCCGUAGGGACCAGCUGCGCUCCCUGCUCGCGGCCGAGGGCAUCGAGAUGGAGGGCGAGCUGAGCGAGCGGGCGGCGCGCGCCGUCGUGGACCUGCAGCAGGCGGCCCGGGAGCGCACCGCCGCCCUCAAGGAGCGCGCCGAGCAGCAGCGCCAGCAGGUGGUGGCCCAGGCCCGCGAGAAGCAGGACCGCGAGCGCAUCGAGCCGCUGCGGCUGGCGGAGCGCGCCGCCCUCACGCUGGCCUGCAAGGAGGUCAACCUGGGCCAGAUGCGGGACCGGCAGGAGCAGCUCGAGGCCGCGCGCGAGGAGCGCCGGCUGCAGCAGGCGCUGCACAUCAAGACCAUCCAGGCGCAGAUGGAGCGCGAGGAGCUCGAGGCUCGCGAGGAGCUGGCCCGCAAGAAGGCGCUGUGCGACGCGCUGCGGCAGCAGGUCGAGUACCAGCAGCAGCGCCAGGACCGGCAGCGCGAGGAGGAGCACGCCGAGGCCGUGCGCCGGCUGGACGCGCUGCGCGAGGAGCUGCACCAGGAGCGCCUGCGGGAGAUGGAGCGGCGGCGGCUGAAGCGGGAGGAGUUGCAACGGCUGUUCGAGGAGCAGAUCCGGCAGCGGGAGCGCGCCAUGGCGGAGGAGGCCGACGGCCACUCGGCGCUGGACGAGGCCGUGGCGAGGUCGGCCCGCCAGCAGAUCCAGGAGGAGAAGGCGGACCGCUCCAAGGUGGACGCGGCGGCCGAGAUGAAGAUGUUCAUGGCGCACGUGGCGGCGCUGCGGAAGCAGCAGGAGCUGGCCGACCUGGAGGAGCAGCGGAUCCGCGACGAGCACGCCGCCUCCAUACAGCGCGACCAGGACGAGCGCCGCUGUCGGGCCAACGCUGCGCGGAAGCGCAUGCUGCAGGACACGCUGGAGGGGCGGCGCCGGCAGCUGGAGACGGCGCAGAUGGCCCGGGCGCGCGAGGCGCUGGAGGCCGCGGAGGAGGCGGAGCGGGUGCGGCGCUGCCGGGAGGACAACCUGCAGCUGGCGGCCGACCUGCAGAGGCGGAAGGCCGAGGAGCAGCGGCGCUACGCCGACGACCUGCGCCAGCAGAUCAGCUACCAGAAGCUGCUCAAGGAUCGACAGGCGCAGGAGGAGCGGCUGCAGUUGGAGCAGGCCAGGCAAGAGGAGCAGCAGUAUCAGCAGAGAGUCAGGCAGCUGCUGCAGAAUCCGCAGAAGUACUCGACCCACCCGUUCCGACUCAAGAUUGAAGGCAAAGCGCUCAGCUGGCCAGAGUAGGGGCAGCAACAACAGAAUCUUUCAUUACAUCAAAUUUUUUGUGAUCCUAAGUGGUGGACAUUUCUACUUUUCCAUAAAAAAUAAAAUAAGGAACUAACCUGUAUGAAUUAAAGAAACAAAUAUAUAUAUAUUCACAAUCAUUAAAAUAUCUCAUUAGUUUCGAGAAAGGAAAUAAUGUAAGUUUUUCAGGGCUCAAAAUAAAGACUCAAAAUAACCUUACAA